UCUUCUACAUAUUUUUAAAUAAAACUUAAAGUUUAACAUUUUUUUAUUACCUAGUUUAUCUUUGUCUAUUUGUUAUAGAAAAAAAGUAAAGGACGACCCCUAGCGGCAAUUUUCUGAUAAAAAUACAUCGUGAAUGUGGCGUGUGUUGUUUGGAAUAUCGUGAGUCGUAAAUAAAAAUGCAUUCAAUGGACUGGUAUUUCAUGCUAUAAGUGUACUUCACGUGUGUUAAAACAAUACUCUACCUGAACACCUUCAGUGAAUAGAGAGAACAAGAGUUAAGAAGUGGUUUACUUUUGGUAUUUUGUCAUAUGUUGCACGCCUGCCUUGGAGUCUCGAUGAGGACAAAAAAUAAUCAGUAAUUCCGAUGCUAAAUUGAUAAUGCUAAAUAGACACAACCAGUCUUCCGGCACGUUAUUGCGCUUUCUCGUGACAAUGCGAUGCCUUAUGUGCGAAUAUGUUAUCUAAAGUAAUCAUUUUAGUCAAAACUUUACCAUAAUGGUCGUUAGAGCUGGAAGAGAAUAAUAUCAAGAUGAGUCACAAUCUGGCAGGUAUGCCGUCAUACAGGCUGCCGGGCCCUGGGCUGGGGCCCCCAGAUUUUAAGCCGCCUAUGGAUACGCCCACACCUCCAGCACCAGCACCCAGCAAUCCAAAAAAGAGGAGAAAAACAUCAAAUGCAAACAAUGCCUUAACAACUCCACAGCCUCCGCCCACUGCACAAGACUUACUGCCACCACCUCUAACGGGUUAUGGAGAUACGAUUGUUGCAUCAAACCCUUUUGAUGAUUCUCCAUCAACAGUGUCACAUAAUGGGCCAAUGAUGAGUCAGAAUGGGCCUAUGAUGAGUCAGAAUGGGCCAAUGGGAAUGAUGGGUCCGAUGGGGCACAGUAUGGGCGGACCUCCAAUGAGGCACAUGAGCCCUUUACCUCACUCGAUGAGCCCUAUGAGUCAGCAGAUGCCACCAAGAGGUGGGAUAAGUCCUAUGGGGAAUAUGAGUCCAAUGGGUCACAUGGGUGGCAUGUCACCUAUGGGUGGGCCGAGUAUGGGUAUGAGUAAUCACAGCAUGGGCCCAGGUAUGGGGCCUACAUCAAGGUCGAUGGGUAGUCCAAUGAGUCCAAUGAAUUCCAUGCCAAUGGGAUCACCGAUGUCGUCGGGACCAAUGGGCAGUCCAAUGAAUAUGGGUUCAAUGGCCGGCAGUCACAUGAGUAACAGUCCGAUGGGGCCACCGAUGCACAGUCCUCUAGGUGCUGGUUCAAUGAAUGGGCCACUUAACGGGCCGAUGGGAGGUGGUGGACCAGGAAUGAACCCUCGUAUGAAUGGACCCAUGGGGCCUAGCUGUUCAAAUGGAUCUAUGGGUCCUAGCAAUUCAAUAAUGUCCCCAAGUCAAAUGCAGAAUGCAGGAAUGGGUCCAGGACAUUGUGGUGGGAUGAGACACGGCAGUCCGAUGGGCUCAGGAAUGGGAAGCGGUCCUAUGGGAGGCAAUGGCCCUAUGACAUCAAUGGGACCUGGGCCUCCAUAUUCUGGUAAUCACAUGGGGCAUGGUGGGCCUAUGGGUAUGGGUGGUAGUGGAUCUAUGGGAAUGGGUCCUGGGCCAGGUAGCAUGGGAAAUUGUGGACCUCUGGCUGGAAUGAGUGGCAUGUCAAUGGGAGGGCCAGGAGGCCAAGGAGUUGGUCCCAUGGGUCAAAGUAUGGGCAUGUUUGGACCUAAACCGAUGCCAGUGAGUGCGGGGAAAGUAUAUCCUCCGGACCAGCCAAUGGUGUUCAACCCCCAGAACCCUAAUGCCCCUCCAAUAUACCCCUGUGGAGUGUGUCACAAGGAGGUGCAUGAUAAUGAUCAAGCUAUUCUUUGCGAGUCUGGGUGCAAUUUUUGGUUUCACAGGGGGUGCACGGGCCUAACGGAGCCCGCGUUCCAGUUACUGACGGCAGAAGUGUAUGCAGAGUGGGUGUGUGAUAAGUGCCUACAUUCUAAGAACAUACCGCUUGUGAAGUUCAAACCAUAGCGAUGCGCUAUCCAACCCCUCCUGCCCGACAUCAUAUGAGUGGACAUCUACACCCAUCACAAGUAUUUAUUUCACUACAUCAUGAACUUUAUGAAAUUAAUUUAUUGAAUGGAAUCGGUCAUAUUAAAGGUCAGCACUGAUCAGCAUUGUACUGCUCUAGCACUCAACUUGUCAUUCAAAUGAAAGAGAAUUUAUGCCUUGUAGAUAUAUUACAGUUAAAACUCAUUUUACUUAGUAAAAACUAGUUCUGGCUGUAAAUCUUUUUUCAAACUAGACUAAUUUUAGUUAGUCUUAUUUCUAUUUAUCAAAUGAACUAAUUUGUCAACUGACUGUUUUUUAAAUGAGCUAUGCCAAAAGACUUGCUCCGUCAUCCCUUCAUUGAGCUUCACCUAUUCGAUCUUCGCUUUGCUACGGAUGUCGUUGGCUCCAUUCACUCGCCACAUCCCCCUUCUCUGCACUCGGCCUCAUAGGCUCACUUCAUUCAAGACCAAAGUUAAAGUACACUAUAGAUCUCAAUAUAAGCAAUGCAGCCUGACAAGGCUUUGUAAAGUCCCACAGAGCGGUUGGUGUGGGCAUGCCGCCUGCUGCCUCAACCGAGAGAUACAUUUUGUCUCAGUCGUGGAAUGCGUACUCCAGCUGCACUGUAUACUAAGCAAAGCCAUACUGCCGGCCAUUCCAAGCUCCCACUAUUGAUAUAGUAAUUAAAUAUAGAAUAUUACUAAAAAUCCACAUUUGAAUGGCAGGUUUUUUGCUGAACUUGAGCCAUGUGAUGUAAAGGUUCAAACACAUUACUGUGUUUUCAUGCUUCACAACUUAAACUGGCCUGAUAAGGACAACCAUUCGAAGGGCGCGUGAGUGUCGGAGUACGCCAGAGCACCAUUGCCAGGCUAUAGUGUGGUUUGUCACGUCUUCUGUAUGAUUCUCUGACGCGUCAUAUCACCAUCGUAGUAAUGUGUUUGCGCCUUAAGUCAGUGAAGCCCUAAGAAGGAUCUCAUGGGUAAUUUAGAUGUGUGAUAGAUGAAUGCGUAGACUCGAAAACUCUUUGAAAUGCAAUUCAACAAGCGACGAAACAAUUUUUGUAAUUGCAGACAGUCAAUAACUAGUCUGUUUUAUAUUUAUUUUUACGAGUGAGUAUGCUUUAGUAUUGACAAAAGUGUAAAGGAUGUGUGGCAUCUGGUUUAGAGAAGGAAAAAUUAACUACUAAUAUGUCUAAGACUAUAUCACAAGGUAGAAACAUAUUCAAUAUCUCACCACACUGGCUCAACAUUAACUUUAGUCAAAUCAAAUCAUAGUACCUUAUUAGUGUGGUUAAUUCUGGUGUACACAACUAAACUAAAAUGACAUGCCUUUCAUAUUGAUAUCUCUUUCCUAAUGCCCUCUGUGGAAAAGGAUAGCAUUAGAUUUGGACUUUCCAUAUCACUCAGUACAUUAUACAGCCAGAACACAAAUCAACAAUCGAGCAUGGAGCGAUGUGAAGAGAUGUUGCAUGGUGCAAGAAUUUUUUGGAACUUAGAUCAUCUGAUCAAGUACUAUGAUUUGAUUAGAUUUAAAAGUAAAGGUCCCUUCUUGAAAUGUAUGAACGCAGCGCAUACGCGCAACAUACCUACGCUGAAAUCCAAUUCUAUUGAAAAAUAGUGUGCUAGGUUGCCACACAAAUGUCGCAUGAAAUAUAUUGGUUGUGUUGGUGCGUGUUCAUACGCACGCAGGAUUAUUGCAAAUGAGCGUACGCACCAUCUACGCAUAAACAUAUUGGUUGCAUUGGUGCGUAUGAACGCACGCGUGCGGUGCGUAUGAACGCAUGCGUGCGGUGCAUAUGUACGCAUGCGUGCGGUGCGUUCUUUUUCGGCGUAGUGCGGGAUGGAUAUUGUAAAUGUGUUUACAACAAUGCUUACUUUGUUUUGUAUAAGCAGUUAAGUAAAGGUCACUCAUCAUGUCCCUGUAAUUAAUGAUCUCUCGCUUAACUGGUUUUACAGCAAAUCAAAAGUGUGAUAUAGGAUUUAGACAGGAAUUUUUAUUAAAUGGAUUUGUGACAUUAAAUUGCGCAGAAACUGUAAAGUUUCAAUUAACUUUAUGUUAAAGAAAAAUUAAAGUUACUUUGUGGUUAAAGUAUCCAUCAAAUUAAAGCAAUUUAAUGGGAUUUUUUAUUAGAUUAUUUUUAUCAUCAGGAAAUCAACUUUGUUUUCAAGGUGCAUUUCAAGCAGCUACAAUAAUUAUUGUUACUUUUUUUUAAAAAGCUUUACUUGAACCUUAUUUCUGGCACACCUUAUAGAUCAUAAAGAGUGAAGGAGACGGCAAAUAGACCAAUACUGCUCACAGGCAGCAAUAAAAUUUACUGCUGUGUGUAAUGUGACGAAUGAUAUAAUUUUUACUGACAUAAAAAGGGUGAAAAAUAAUAGCGAAUGACGUAUAAUGUUACUAGUUUCGACAUAGUGUGACAUGUAACAUUGUGUGGUGUGAAUCCAAUACAACAAUACAAGGGAUAUUUUUGACAAUUGGCAGAGUAUGACAAGUGAAAACUAUUGCCACAUAACAACUAAAAAGUUGUUUUGUGUCACUAUGGCAGUAGUUUUCACUUGUUGUAGUGUGACAUGUCUUAUUCACACUAUGAUCUUUGGUGCACUGGGAUUUGGAUUAGGUAAAGCUGUUA